ACUUGCAGGCCGUCACCUUAUCUGGCCUCGAAUCAAGCUGGCCGCCGGGCGGUUACCACUUUUUACUGAUGAAUCAUUGCAGCACCUAGCAUCAACUUGAAUUGUUAUACAUCUGCGAGUCGAAUAAACGACAGAAUGCGGCGAACGGCGAACUUGUUCGCCCUCUCUUUGGUGGCCGCUCUCGGGGCGAAUGCGUAUGAUGCUUCGGUGUAUACCUUUGACCGGCAACCGCGAGUGUCUCCUUCUCACGGAAUUACUCUACCGCAAGAUGCAGCAAAAUUGAUCAUAGAACGACGAAUGAUGCUCCAGGAGUCCGUGCUGGGCUCUGCAGAUGAUGAAGUGGUAGAAUAUGUGGAUCAGUUUGGAGGACAACAACAAUCACUCUUUGGCUUGUCGCACGAGCACAACGAUCCGCGAAGACAGCUUCUCGUCCUUGAAGGGGUGGAUGAUGAACUAGUCUCUGCUGUCCCGAACGCGGAAUCAAACAAGUUCAGCGUACACCAUGUUUCAGGAGGAUUUGCCAGCGAUGACUCUCUCGAAACUCUCAUUGGAAUGAACCAAGAUAAACGAGGACCAUUCGUGACAUGUGCAUUCGAUGUGAAUGGCAAUGGCAAUGCUGAAGUUCCUGCGGAGGCCCGCGAAUGUCUCUCGACGACCACCGCCUUCCCGGAAGCAUUGCAAGUUUUCGGCCGGGGAUCCUCUCCAUCAUUCCCGGUGAGAAGGGUUGAAAGUUGGAGCAAAGAAAAUGGAGCAAUUUCAAUCCUAAGAAUCACACUCCCGUCUCGGAUGGAACGUAAAGAGAAAGCUGCGGUGUCCAACACCCUGUCGUCUCUUUUCAACAACCUAUCGUCUCUGGCAGCCAAGUCGGAACAAGAGACGACCGUCCUUCUCUUGCCCCUGACGGAUGUUACAACAAAGCAAAAGCGCAAUGCUCGUUAUGAUACAAAAGAGAGCGCUCUAAAGCCAGCCGUGUCACAAGCGGCUUCGUCAAAAUCCUCGUCUCUCCACGGUUCGCGGUAUGAGAGCUCAGUUCCAUCGACGCUGAUGCCAGUCUGCUAUCUUUCGGAUUCUGCGUGUGUUGAAGCUACGAAUAACUGCUCUGGGCAUGGACACUGCUACCGCAAGUAUGGUUCUAAGGAUGAAUCCGCUCGAAGCGACUGCUAUGCAUGCAAAUGUGUGGAAACUGUGGAGAAAGGCAAGGAUGGUAGUGUAAGAACGAUCCAGUGGGGUGGUCCAGCAUGCCAGAAGAAGGAUGUGAGCACGCCCUUUUUCCUGCUGGCUGGCAUAACACUAGCUAUCGUAUUCGCGAUUGCCAGUGGCAUCGGUAUGUUGUUCAAUGUAGGGCAACAGGAGCUACCUAGUGUGAUUGGUGCCGGUGUUGGAGCGCCGAGGGCGCAGAGGUAGACCAUUGCGAAGCUAGCUGUAUAACUACCUAACUAUUCGACAUGCCGCCUCAUGUUUGUUUAUAUCACUCGUCUCGUCUCGUGUUUUCCAAAUCUGAGUCUUGUUUAGCAGGAGUUGCUUAUGCACGAAGGCUUCUUUUUUCAAGUUAUGUUCAUGUUGUGCUCCCAAUACAAACGAAGAAUGAUAUUGGGUAGGCCCCACUUCAAUAAUCACUCUUCGUAUUUUAAAAAAGAAAGAAAAAGAAAAGAUAAGAUAAGCCUCGGCUUUAACAGCCUAGCAGGUUAACUGACCUUGAGCAUGACCGUUUAAGGAUCGAUUGUAUGAGAU